ACUGGUCACACUGCCGCCAUCGAAAAACAAAAAAGCUAAACAACUAAAAGUUUCAAUGUUUAAUCCAAAAAAAUAAAGUGGUUUGUGGGAAAAUCAUGGAGGAACUAUGUCGAAUUUGCAGGUCGCCUUCCGUGACUCUAGUUGGCAUAUUUGAUGAGCGCGAGCGGCGCCACUUGGAGGGCCAAAUGGAACCGAUUCUAGCAGAUAUGGUGAUGGCAUGUGCCGACGUCCAGAUCGAACGCGGGGAUGAGCUUCCGCAAAAAAUAUGCAUGUCCUGCAUCCUCGAUGCCCAAUGCUCGUACCGUUUUAAACGAAGAUGUGAAAAGAGUCACGAGCAAUUGUCUCUGGCCAUUCGCUCGCUAUCCAAUCAGGAAAGGCCGAAAAUCAAAUUGGAACUGGAUGCCAGUGUGAUAGAGUUCGAGGGAGACGGUUUCAUAGCUGAAGAGAUUUUUGACAGUGCAACGCAAUUAAAGCUUGAGCUGGAGAAACCAAUAGUUGAACAGAAACUGCCAAAGGUGGCACUUACAGAAGCAAAAAAGGAGAAAAGACUGACUUCGGAAGCCCGCAAGAAGCCAAAGGAAACCAGGAGAGCGUCCUUUAAGUGCGACCUCUGCAUCAAGCAGUUCCAGCAUAAAAGAAAUCUUGAAGAACAUAUGAAAGUUCACACCAAUUCCCACAUUUGUCCAACAUGUGAACAGCGCUUCCUAUUUAAGACAGAUCUUGACCUACACAUAAGGGUCCAUAGCAGCGAACGGCCAUAUCAAUGCUCUCUAUGCAUGAAGAGCUUUGCCACGAGCCAAAAUAUAACCAACCAUAAAUGCCUGCUGGAGGAGGAUCGGCCCUUUAAAUGCCCGCACUGUCCGAAGGCUUUUGUACAUAACUAUUAUCUCAAAGAGCAUAUGUUCAGCCAUACGGAGGAUGAAUCGAACAAGCUUUCCACGGGACCACACAAGUGCACCCACUGCUCGGUUAGGUUCCACAAUAAGUCUGCUCUCAAAGUUCACACACUCGCUCAUACAGGCGAAAGGCCGCACAACUGCCCAUUCUGUUCAUCUACGUUCCGAUCCAAACAGACUCUCAAGGUCCACACUCGCAUGCACACGGGAGAGAAGCCAUACAAAUGCCCAGAGUGCCCGAAAACUUUUGCCGACAACAACAAUCUCUUCAAGCAUCGACGGCGCCACACAGAUGACCGACCCUACAAGUGUCCCCAUUGCGUGAUGGCCUUCAGGGAGAAGCAUCAUAUGAAACGGCAUGUGCUUGGCAAGCAUCGUGUCAGUGAAGAAGAUCUGAAAUGAUCAGUAUUAAGAUCAGAUUAAAUUUAAUAUUUGAAUUGAAUUCAGAUAAACUUGUGACAUUUUUACUGUAAAUUGCACCCAAUUCAAAUGUUUAAACGAAUGCGCAAUUUAAAAAUAAACACCCAUGCUAGAA